UUGGUGAGAGAAGCAGGGAAGGGCUUGGAGGAGCGGAAGCAGAUCGGGAGCAAGGGAAGCCAUCCUGGUUUAGCUCCCCUGCGGAGGGGAGCAGAGGGGGAGGUCCUGCCUGUCUCCCCUUGGCUAAGCUUGCGUGCACAAGGUUUCCUGUCGCGUGGCGGCGGCGGAUGAUUUAGCAGGGGCGCAAGGACCCGAAGUUCUCGCUGAUGGAUCUGCGCAAAACUUUUACCCAUGGGUAACAAAGGAGUCUGGAGCAAAUUCACCAAUGAUUGAAAAACAAAAAAGAAACCCCAAUAAUUAAUAAGACUGAAAGACAGUUUGUUGUUAAUUUCAACACAAUGAGCCGCCGUGGAAACAACUGGGCCUACACUGAGGUAAUUGACCUCCUGGAUAUAUGGGGAGAGCAGAAGAUCCAGAAGCUGCUCCAGAGCAGCUACAGAAAUAUGGACACGUUCCAAGUAAUUGCAAGCGAGAUGGCCAAGCGGGGACACGAGCGCACUGCCCAGGAGUGCCGGACCAAGACGAAAACAAUGCGGAGGGAUUACAAAAAGGCCAAGGACAACCCCUCUUCGCUGGGCGGGCGCAUGACGUGCCCUUUCUACGAGCAGCUCGAUAGGAUAUUGGCCGGCGAUUCUGGCUUCCAGCUCCCAAGGAGGCUACCGCAUGUUGCUCUGCCGGAGGAAUCGUCGGGGGAUACCAGUUCUCCGUGUCCCCUGGCGGAAGGAGCCGCACCCGUGGUGCCCGAGGACUAUAGCGAGAGUCCGGAUCAGUUUUCCCCAUGCACACAGGUCGCUGUGGAGAUCUCCGAUUCCGCCACGCCCAGUCCCAUGUUCUACAUGACGAGGGCGGUCUCCGCGAAGCCCGCAAGCAUGUCUUGGCCGGCAGCAAAAGCGGAUCACCCGGCUCCAUCCCUCUCCUCUAUGUUCCUCAGUAACCCUGGCAGCUCAUCAACCAAAGGUUCAAGAAUGGAUGCAACGGUGGCCCCUUCGUCGGUUCUGCUGCCCAACGGCCCGACUCUGUCUUCUGAAGGGCGGCUGACCAGAGUCCGAAAGCGCCAAAGGAAAACCAGGAACGACUUGGUGAUGGAAUUGUCACGAAUAGCAGACAGGAGGGUUCAGACCGCAACCGACAGAAUCCUGUCUUCCUUGAACCGGUAUGCCACCGCAGACCUCCAGGACCGAGAGAGGGACCGGGCAGACACGGCUCAAAUCAUUGCCAUCAUGCAUCGCCAGACAGAACUGCUGGAGUCGCUGGUGCAGAUGCAGCCUGUCGAGCAGACGCCGGUGUCCCCUGCACCCUCGUGGCACCCUCGGCCGCGCUCCGCCAUCUCUCCCCCCUCCCGUUCGGGUGUCCCCAGGAGGACACUGGUGCCCCGGGUGACCCACAGGCGGAGACCACAGAAGUACAGCCCUUAACUGUACUACUGAGGAAGAGGGCUUCCUAGUUAAAGUUGCUGGGUGCUACUGGAACAAUAUAUUGAGAGCCUACACCCAGAGGCAUUUGUAUUAACGGCUGGAGUAUCUAAUGCUAGAAUAGGACAUAAACAAUGAGGCAUAAUAUAUGCUCCUGAAGCCUCAGUCGUGUACCCAUUCUCCUGAAACCGAGCCCCCUUGAACUCAAUGGGGCUUACUUUUGAGUAGUUAUGCAUAGCGUUGUACUCUUAAGGGUUUGGAUUUAGAUGCUCUGGAAGACUGUUUUGUAGCAUAUGUUCCAAAGACACCAAGAUUAAUUAUCUGGUUCCCUAUUGGCCCUGUGGGUUAGACACUUAGGUGCUAAAAAUCUUAAUGGGUCUUCGCCUAAUUAUGUUGAUGGCCAAUGCCACCCCCCCUCCACGUCUUCCUUUUUUAAAUUUUGUAUUCCUUGAAAUCUCAUUUAAGUUUUAAACUCCUUGCCCCCCCCUGUUUUAAUUAUUAUCGUUAUCGCCUGGGAGAUGGCAUGAAUAUGCAAUGGUUGGGGCGAUCUGGAGAGCAACACAGGUUCUUCCAGUGGUGCAACAAGAAAGCUUGCUGGCACAUUUGCAAAGCUAAGCAGGGUCCGUUAUGGUUUCAAAUCGGAUGGGGAACCAUGUGUUGAGAUUCUUGCAUUGCAGAGGGUUGGACUGGAUGACCCCCAGGAUCCCUUCCAAUUCUACAAUUCUGUGCCUCCCUCUUCUACUUGGUUUCUUUGUCCUCUUUUGAUAGGUGGGUCCAGCUUUCUUCUAUGCAAACAGGAUAAAGAGGAUGGGCAUAUACUGUGGACAUAAUACAUGAAAUUGUGUAUCAUGUAGGGUGGGAACAUAAUAUAAAUUAAUACCAAACAUUUAUUUAAUGCUAACCGUUAGCUAGUUGAAGUAUAGACCAGAACAAUAAUGCAGUCCUUAAACAUAGGGUUUUGGACACCUCCGUGCAUCAGCUUGCCAUGGCCAAGGCUUGGUCCUUUUCUGCUGAAUAGGAAGUGGGAAGAGAAGACAUCCGUUUCAUCCCCUUCCUCCUAAAUCAUUGCUUUUGUAAUACAUAGAAGUCAGAACAUUUCCCUUCCUGGCUGAAAGCAUGACAUCCGCUGCACAGCUAUGGCCUGACCUCCGUGGUCCAUCUGUGGUGUGGGGAGGUGAGGAAUUGACGUGUCUUUAUGUCACUGGCAGAUACAGGCUUUGAAAACCAUGGCCCUCAAUGUUUAUGUUGGGUAGGUGAGAUGAGUGUUGCAAGGAGAAGUUACAGAUGGAUUUAAAAAAGGGGCUGAGAAGGUGGAAGGUGGAAGGACUUCAUCAGCGGAAGGUAGGGCGAGGUGUGCAUUCGACCUGGAGAACAGCAGGACACGGAAGAUGCCAUGCAGGCUGAUUUCAGAUGAGCUUGCAUAGGUGAAUGAGGAUUAAAAAUGGGAUAGAUGGGAAUUAGAGGUGGAGAGUGUUAAACACAGCGCGAUUUUUCUAGGUGCCGGAACUCGCCAUGGACGUCUCCCUUCUUCUCUUACAAUGCCAAUGGCGCCCACAUGAGAGGUGGGAGAAGUUGCGGCUGAAAAAAUUGCCCUGGUGUAAUAACUAAAAGCUAAAUGUUGGUUGUCGAGAUCAACAGGGAUUCAGUACAAACAACGUAAGGGGAGGGUGAUGUGAUCAGAAGAAGGGAAGCAAGAGUUCUGUUUGGUUGCUUCUGGGCAGCAUCUCUGCUCAUCACUGCAAAGGAAAUAAGGGAGCAAAGUAUCUCACGGGAGAGGUACCAUCUAGUGAAAGUGGGGGUGCCUCUCUUAAUCCCCCCCCCCGCAUUUGUUUUUGUAACCUGUGCCAGUUCCACUGGCUUGUUGGACUAGCAGCAAUAAACGGGGAUUGGCACAACUCCUAUCUCGGUUGCUGACACUGAGCGCAUCGCCUGAGAGCAUGCCUGCCACUCUAUAAUCGCUGCAGGAAGUAACCAUGUAAGAAAAAGGUGCAUGGCUUGGUGGCACCCAGCGAAUACAGAGGCGGCUUAUAGAUACCCAAAGUAAUGAUCUUAAAGAUCUAUAGGAAAUAUUACAGUUUGAACAUGGAAUCCACAGUGUAUGAGUGGCUUUAAAACUUACUUCCAGGGAUCUUUCAGUGAGGGGGAAAAAAAUCUGGGUAGUUUUUACCGGAAGAUAACUUCCUCACUGCUGUUUAUCUCCACCGCCAUUUGCAGACACCGAAGAUUAUUGGGUAUGUGCUAGGGCAGAGCUUUCCAAAAUUUUCAUGUUGGUGUGACACACUUUUUAGACAUGCAUCAUUUCGUGACACAGUAAUUCAGUUUUACUAGCAAACCAGAGGUUAAACUAACCCCAUUUGUGCGACACACCUACACACUACAGCCAACAUGCUAGUGUGUCGCGACACACAGUUUGGAAAGCUGUGCUAGGGAAUAUCCUUGGAUUACGUAGGGCAGCAGAGAUAUCCUACAGGACUGACUUUUGCCCUAUUUGGGGCUGCUUAAGCCUGACAGCAGGUGUGAGGAAACGCCCUCCAGAAGUUUCUGAACUUCAGCUCCCAUGGUCCCUGGCCUUUGACCAUGUUUGCUAGGGCUGAUGGGAGUUGUAGUUCAGCAUCAUCUGGUGGGCUGAAAAUUCCCGUACAGCGUGCCCACAAGUCCUUGGUAGAUGUGUGGAGCAGGCAAGGCAAUGUAAAACAAUGUUAAGACCCCUGGGACUAGAUAUGUAAAGGCACAAAAUACCUAUAACUUCUUGAAAGAGUGGCAAUCCAAUUGAGAGUGGUAGCCAGUUUUGACUAGUUGGAUAGAAUUAACAGAUGAAUUAGUGGGCUUAAGCAGUUGUGGAGAGGCCAUACCACAGACCUUUGGAGAAUGGGGAGCAAAUUAUUUUUGUCUACAAAAAGGCAAUUGAUAAGAAUUGUGCUUACCAUGGAUGUGACAGGUGUGCUAGGUCCCUUGUUUCAGCAACAUGACAGGCAAGGGUUGUGUCGAGAAAUACAAGAGAUAUCCUAGCUUAGAAUGGUAUUUUAGCUUUCUUUUGUAACGGCAAACCUCUUUACUUGCCUGUAUUAUAAACCCUGCUUCAUAAAAACUGUUUCAAACCAAA